AAAUAAGCCUAGAAAAAAAAAUAGAAAUAAUACAAGUCAGAGCAAAAUUCAAUGACAUAGAAAAGAAAGUAGAUCUUAGACAUGCUGCCAAUUCCAAUCUUUCAUAUUCACCAAGAAUUCUGAACUUGGUGCAGUCCCGGGGGAAGGAGUUAGUCUGGAUGGGUUUGCGUGAUGAGGGGAGGUGCCUGGGGUAGCCGAAGAAGCCCCAGGCCUGGAGUGAGUACUGCAGAUGGGCAACCCUAUUGGUGCAGGAAUUGUUAUGCCCUGGGUGGAUGGCAGCUAAGGAUCACAUCCAGAAUUGCUUCAGUGGGGUCAUCCGUACUGUCCAUCCCACCAAGAGGAUGGUGGGCAGGGUCUGCAGCGGGAUGCAGCUCCCACCUCCCUCGCUGUCACUGGGAAGCAUCCACUGGGAGUCCUGAGCAGAGCAUAUGAAAGAGUCAUUUGGACAAACCUAAAAAGUGGGUUUUCACGGUUCUCCUCUGGGCCUGCAGUUCUGGCCCCACCAUGUUAGGAGGCCUCAAAAGCAGAAAAGCACAGCUCCCCUUUGCACCCGACUUUUUGCCUUUGCGAUUAUGAAGAACUUGCCGGUUGCCCCCCAAGCCACAGCCCACUGGGCAUUGUGGUGGGUGCCUUUAAUGAGAGUUUUGGAAAGAAGAAAAGGGUUACUCAUCACAGCCUUGCCUGAAAGACUGCCAGAAGCUUCUGAAAUGACGACGGAAAGCCCCAGGAAUCACAAGCAGGCUCUACAUCCCACUGUCUGGCGUGGGUCCCUCGGGGCUGGAUCCUGCUGGGCAGGCAUCGAGGAAGCUGAGGGAGAGGCCAUGGUUAGGACUCAAUUUGCCAUCAGUCUGGCUUCUUGUACAGCACAGAGGCAGCGUCAGGAGAGACUGAUGCAAGAAACACAUCAGUUUGAUGGUGCUGCCCAUCGUCUGCCUUCCAUAUGAACCCCAGUUCUUAGGCGAACUCCGCGCGGUGACGUCAUAUCCGCGCCUAGACGUCACUGACGCUUCCGGAGGGCGAAACAGGAGCCAAACGUAAACAUCCCCGGAGUUUCCCGGGCCCAGGGUCUGGCCUCUGCGGGGGAGCUCCGAGCUUUGGCAGAGUCUUGCAAGGAACGGGAUUCAGGAAGGCGCCAGAUGUGGUCAGUGUUGGAAAAGAUGCCAGCUCCAGCCACUACAUAUGAAAGAAUAGUUUACAAAAAUCCCUCUGAGCACCACUAUAUGAAAGUGUGUCUAGAAUUUCAAGACCAUGGGGUUGGACUGAAUGUUGCACAGUUCAAACAGCUGCUUAUUUCAGCCUUGAAGGACCUGUUUGGGGAGGUUGAUGCAGCCUUACCCUUGGACAUCCUGACCUACGAAGAGAAGACCUUGUCAGCCAUCUUGAGGAUAUGUAGCAGUGGUCUUGUAAAAUUGUGGAGCUCUUUGACUCUGUUGGGAUCCUAUAAAGGCAAGAAAUGUGCUUUCAGAGUGAUUCAGGUUUCUCCAUUUCUUCUUGCCUUAUCUGGUAACAGUAGGGAACUAGUGUUGGAUUGAAUAGUCUUCAAUGUCAGAAACAUUCCUCCGUUUUCAAAAGGUACUUUUUGAUGCCA